GCCCUGCCCCGCCUGCGCUCUCGCGAGAUCUCGGCUGAGGGAGGAGGAGGAGGAAGACGAGGGAAGGAGGAGCCGCCGCCGCUGCCCCAGGCCGGCGCCGGGGAUGGUGUUGGCCGCGGCUGCCGGGCCCUGACGCCUCGCUCAGGUGGCAGCAGCAGUGAUGCUAACUCUGGCAAGCAAGCUGAAGCGGGAUGACGGCGUCAGAGGCCCCCGAGCGCCCAGCGCAGCGUCCGACUCCACUCGCAGGGUGUCUGUGCGGGACAAGCUGCUCGUUAAAGAGGUUGCAGACCUUGAAGCUAAUUUACCUUGUACAUGUAAAGUGAAUUUUCCUGACCCAAACAAGCUCCAUUACUUUCAGCUAACUGUAACCCCAGAUGAGGGCUAUUACCAAGGAGGAAAGUUUCAGUUUGAAACUGAAGUUCCUGAUGCCUACAACAUGGUGCCUCCAAAGGUAAAAUGUUUGACAAGAAUCUGGCACCCAAACAUUACAGAGACAGGAGAAAUCUGCCUAAGUUUAUUGAGAGAACACUCAAUUGAUGGCACUGGCUGGGCCCCAACUAGAACCUUAAAGGAUAUUGUCUGGGGGUUAAACUCUUUAUUUACUGAUCUUUUGAAUUUUGACGAUCCUUUGAAUAUUGAGGCUGCAGAGCAUCAUUUGCGUGACAAGGAGGACUUUCGGAAUAAAGUGGAAGAUUACAUUAAGCGCUACGCCAGAUGAUGAAGGGAUGGAUGGAUGGCAGGACCACGGCUCCAGAGCUGUCCUUAACCUCAGCAGCAGCCAAAGCAGCCUGGCUUGUACCAGUCCUGUGUCCAUGUUGUUCUGAAGAAGAAAACUAACUUCAUAACCUGUCCAUGUUCAAAGGAGAGUUCAGCAUAAAUACAGCAAGAAAUUGUGUCUGUUGGUUGAAAAAGUUGUCUGCUUCCUUUUACAAAUGUUUACUCUUCUGAACUGUACUGUAUAUCCUGUUGAUGAGGUAUGCUUGAGAAGUUAAAAGAAGUCACUAUUGAAAUUGUAAUUACACUUUUUUUUUUAAACUCUUGCCUAAUCUGGAGGGGGGGGAAGGAAAAAAGCAAACCCAAACAGCCCAAGCAGAAAAGGUGGCGUGUUUUUGGAACACUUCGAGUUGGCAAUAAAUGGUCUCCUGUGAACCAAAUCACU